AGCUAGUAUGAAAUGAUAAUGUCGUUUCCACGCAUUUAUUUCGACCUUUCUCUGUCGCACACCAUGACAUCGAAAGUAAAGGGCAUAUUUCAAUGAUCUCACAGAAUAUCGGCCACGAGUUACCCCCGAGUAUAGUAAAACUCCUCACAGUGGAACGAAACCGGCAAUGUCCGGAGCUACAAUAUCAAUGACUGUAGAGUAACUUCCCUUGUCCUUCGAGUAUGACAAACGUAAACACGACGAACUAUCAUCUACGAUUCCUGCCAUACGGAAAUUUAUUUCGACUGGGAUAUGUGUAGCUUUAAAGACACUCGUACCGGGUCAUACAAAUACUACAUGCAUAUCACCUAGACUUGAUUUCGUAGGUUUUACGAUCGUGGGACAACUUCUGAAGUGUUGACUGACAGAAAAAAAUGAACGGACAAUGGCGACUUACAUGGAGUAGCUCGUAACUUACCUUACUUUUCAGUUCAACAUGGAGAAAGGGAUCCCAGUGCCAGACAGAUUGUCUCAAGACUUUCAUAAAGAGUUACUGGAUAAUGUUGAUGAGUUCUAUCACUUAUACUCCAUUCUCCACAUCGCAGGCAACAAGACUGAUAUACUUGAAUACAUUGCCAAAGAAGGCCCUGGGAUGGUCUAUAGAUUCAACAGGCUGUGUUACUACAAGGAGUCCCAUUUCAUUGAGGAUAUUCCAGACUAUCCCCUCAGCUGGGCUGCAGCAGGAGGUGAUGUGGACAUCGUAAAGGCAUUGAUCAAAGCUGGGUUCAACCCUCAUAUCACAAAUAAGGAAGAAAACACACAAAAGGAUUUCCGGAUACCACUUGUGCGAGCAGUAGAAAAAGGUCACCUACCUAUCGUGAGAUUGCUUGUUGAAGAACAUGGUUGUGAUGUUAACGUCAGUGAUGGCUACUUCAAACGGACUGCCCUGCAUAGAGCUGCUCAGAAUGGUGAUUUUACGAUGGUUAAAUACCUGGUUGAACAUGAAGCAGACGUGAAUGCUGUGGACAGCGUCAAUGGAGUGCCCUUGUAUCACACGCUUGAUGAUCACAAAAUGGUGAAGUAUCUUAUUGCCAAUGGUGCCAAAGUUAAAACUUGGGGUCGGCAUAACUUGCCUCUGCUAUCCUAUGCUGCAGAUUGCUGUGAUGAUUUGGAUGUCUUUCGGACACUUAUAGAAGCAGGGGCGCACGUUAAUCAUGGUGGGCCACCCACGACACCUUUCAAUAGCGCUGCCGAGCGUGGAAGGCUCGCUUUGAUGAAGCUGUUGUAUGAAUAUGGUGCUGAUGCAGACCUACAGGACAUGUAUGGAAUAACUGCACUGCAUGUUGUUGGUAAACAUACUGACACUGUCUGUGCACGGUACCUUAUCAUGGACUUAAAUGUUUCUCUAGACAAAACGGAUGGGUUUGAUCGUACCCCUUUUUCAGUUGGAGUGAAAUGUGAGCACCCUCAGUUUCUUCAUCUCUUGAUGGAUGCAGGCUACAGACCCACUGGCAAGGAUAAUGACUACAUCCAUCAUAAGAGUCUAACCACAACAGAUUUGUUGCUGCAGGCUGCAUUGCAUCGUGCACAGGCCAUGACAACUAGUCCGUGUUCACUUCAGGACAGAUGUUGUUUCAAGAUUCGAAGGAUGGCAGGUAGGGAUGUUCAAUCCAAAGUGGAACAGUUGAAUCUUCCGGUUGUCAUGAAGGACAUGAUCAAACUGAACCAUUUGAAAACUGAUUUGAUUGAUGAAAUUUGAUUUUUAGUUUGUCUUGAUGAUAAACUGGUCCCAUGUUGCCGUUUACUUGAUUGAACAUGUUGAAAGGGAUUGUGUAAAACAACAGCAUUGUUGGUUAUGUUGGAUGUUGGGCUUGCACGAAUAAAUUUCUUCCCAUCUCGUUAAAUCAGCUCUCAGUUCUUCCUACUACUGGAAGGAGGUGGGGUGGCCUAGUGGUUAAAGUGUUCACUGAAGACCCAGGUUUGAUUCCCCACAUGGGUACAAUGUGUGAAGCCCAUGUCUGGUGUCCCGCCGUGAUAUUACUGGAAUAUUGCUAAAAGUGGCGUAAAACUAAACUCGCUCACUCACUCCUACCACUAUACAAGAAUGACCUUUCAUCCAACCAAUCAGGGCUUUGUUUACCAGUCUGGGAUAGUGACUGCCAGAAUUUAUUUUCUAAUAGUACAGCCGUGAAAAGGUUUACUCAGGAGUAUUCUGAACAAUAAUUAUUCCAUCAAAAUCAUCAUGCAUCAUAUUGCCUGCAAGGACCCUUAAAACAAAUAUAAAUAAUUAAGGGUCCCAAUGACCCCCAUGUUUGUGAGUCGAGAUAAAACCCUGCAUAAACAUUAUAGGUAGAGGGUUAACUGUCUUAGACAAGCAUUACAAUCAUGCGUCCAGAGGGAUGCACAAUAUUAUUCACUGUACCCACAACGCAUCUAUGACUUUGAUGUUUGGUGGUUUCUUUCAGAGCAGUCACGUGCAUCAUUUCAUCCAUCAGUCCAACUGAUCAAUGAUAGAUUCCACGCUCUAAAGAAAUUAUCAAAACGUACAGUUCUCUACACUGUUACUUCACAGGACCCUUGUAUUGUCUGCAAGAACCCUAACAAUUAAUAAUUGACGGUCCCCGGGACCCCCAUGUUUUUGAGUUAAGGUAAACCCUGCCAGGGUUUCAAAUUUUAUGAUUAGAAUUGAUUACUCUGUAACAUGUAUAACUCACAAAUCUCACAGCCACAUUGUAAAUAAGAACAGCUAUGAAUGCUCUCUGUUCCACUCUUUUUGUAUGCUUACUCAAAUAGCCGAGGCAGAUGAGUUGUCAGAAUGAAAUUAUUAAACAAUAGCAAUACAUAAUUAUGAUGAUGGAUGUAGUUUUCUUGUUGUCAUGGUGACAGUUGCAUUUCUUAAAAAUUGAUAUGUGAUAUUGAUUGGUUUAUGUAUUUCUGUGCAGUGACUUUUAACUAGUUCAGAAGAUUUCUGGAAUUUGAUUCCCAAUGUGAUGUUUUUCACCCAGCCUGACUGCAGAGCACACUCUCAUUCAUUUUACAAUGUCAUAUAAUCUAUUUAGCAUUUUGAUGUAUUUAUUUUGUGUUAAUGUUUAUAUAUAUAUUUUCAUGUUAUAUCAGUCGAUAUGCACCGCUUCAGUCAUGUUUUAGAAGAGAGUUUGUAAUGCAGAAUUGCUAGACAGCUUGUGGACAUGGUGGAGAAGCAGUUACCAAGGUAACUGGUGCCAUAGUAUAUGUAAUCAAUAUGCCUAUUGAGGUAUCCAAUAUUAAGUACAAAAUAUUGUAAGAAACCCAGAUUAGUUUGAUUUGUUCAUUUGUUCUUGGAAUAUCUGAAUCUUUGAAAUUGCAAGUUUGAUUGUUAUAAAAUGAUUAGGACCCAGGGACAAUAACAAUAUUCUCGUUCUGGAUAUUGAUAAUAGGAUGGAGCAAACGAAACGAAAAUGUCUGUUUUGGUUUUUGUUACCAUGGUUAGUCCUUAAAUAUAGUUUUAGUUGAUUUAUGGGACUGACUGACACUAGUGACAGAAACCCUUAACAUUAGAACAUGUUGAAAUUUAUAAAAUCAACUUUUUCUUUCCUGGAAUGAGGGGGCUUAACAAAGGAGACUUUUGACACUAUUUUGGCCAAACCUUUACAAAUAGCUUAGAAUAACACAAGAUUUUAUCUCUGAUUUCAUCAUCGUAGAAACAUAAUUUCAACCACCUAUAAUUUUUAAGAAUUUUUGGCAAUGGAAAUAUUAAAGGCCAUGGUCCAGGUUAAAUUGUCAGUGAGUCGGUUUUCUGCUAUACAUUUGAUUAACAUGAUAAGGAAAAUUCCUCACAUUAACGUCACAACCAUCUUGAUUUUUAAUGUUUGUUAGAUACAUUUCUUUUGUAACAGUGGGAACAGAUAUGAUGUAAAUAUAAAGAAGUAAUUAUUACAAUGAGAUAAAUACACAAUGUUGUGGAUGUCUGGUACCAUUACUAAAUACCCUUCUUGGGGUAGGGUGAUGGGCUUGUUGCCAUGGGAUACCUUGUUAACUGGGGGUGAGAGUAAACACCUACACUGAGUGAGCGUUGAGCUGUGUUCUUAAUGUUCGAACAUCAAAUAAAUGUUUCAGAAUUACAAAGUAUGUAGGACUUUGUCAGCAUACAGAGCAGACAGGCCACACUUGUGCUACCAGGAGUGGGAUAAAUGAAAUGUCUUUUAAUGUUAUUUCUCUCUAAAGAAUUGACCUGUUGAAUGAACAUUUCACAGAAACCUUAAGCAAAUUUUGUUUUCAUCAUCAUGAUUGUUGUAUUUGUACUUGUGGCCUUGGAGGUCCAACUGCCAGAACUGAAAGGGUUUUGUCUGAUGCAUCCCUGAAAGUUUUGGUACAACUAUUAUGCAAGUAAAUAUUGUUAGAAAACAAAUAUACAGAUUUUCACAAUAAUAUUAAUGAUUUGUUUUUAUGUCACCCAUCCAUAUGGGUGCCCAUUUUUGUAGGACAUAUUGAUAACACUUCAAGUAAAGUUAGUUUUCUUUGAGACUAUUUUCAGUGCUGUUAACAAGGAAAUGUUUUGUUUAUGUUUAUGAUUUACCCAAAUAUUACUAUGGUUGCUAUAUUCUAGAUUAUUUGUUAUUUGACUGCACAGUGACUGUGAUAAUACAAUCAGAAAUGUUUUUUCCCCCAGUGUGUUAAUAAACUAACCUACAGGAA